AAGAAGAGAGGCAUUUUUCAGUGACGUCAUCACCGUGCGCCCAUUCAGCGGGACCAUCGCGGCAUUUGAAACGAUUGUCCGCUCGUCUUCCUUCAACGAUCACUUUUACAGCUUUUUGUCGAUUUCACUCACAAGCGUGAUCCAAUCGCAAUGAUCGAGAAGGAGGACCCGGUUAUCACCGAGGAAGAGGCGGCCCAGUACGACCGCCAGAUCCGACUUUGGGGCUUAGAUGCGCAGAAGAGACUGCGUGGGUCCCGGGUGCUCCUGGCAGGCUUAGGUGGCCUCGGGGCAGAAGUGGCCAAGAACUUAAUCUUGGCUGGAGUGAAAGGACUCACCUUGCUGGAUCACGAGAAGGUGACCGAGGAGUCGUGCCGCGCUCAGUUCCUGGUCCCGGUGAGCGAACGGGGCCGGAAUCGGGCCCAGGCGUCCCUGGAGCGCGCCCAGAACCUCAACCCGAUGGUGGAGGUGCUCGCGGACACGGACAGAAUAGAAGACAAACCCGACGCUUUCUUCCUGCAGUUUAAUGCGGUUUGUCUGACGGGCUGCUCCAAAGAUGCGAUGGUGCGGGUGGACCAGCUGUGCUCGCAGAACCACAUUCUGGUCUUCUGCGGCGAUGUCUACGGUUACUACGGUUACAUGUUCUGCAACCUUGGACCCGAACACAACUACGUGGAGGAAAAACCCAAAAUGGUGAAGAAGUCCUCGGGAGACGCCAACGACGGUCCCGACGCCAAGAAGGUCAAAGUGGACCCCAACGAGACCACCAUGGUGAAAAAGACGUCCAAGUUCUGCAGGCUGAAGGAGGCCCUGGAGGUGGACUGGAGCAGCGACAAGGCCAAAGCCGCCCUCAAGCGCACGCCUGUCGACUACUUCCUGCUCCACGUCCUGCUGAAGUUCCGAACGGACGAGGGGCGAGACCCGGACCCGCGACGCUUCGCAGAGGACGGCCGGCUGCUGAGUCAGAUCCGCCGAGACGUCCUGGAGACUUUGGCGGUGAGCGCCGACCUGCUCGACGACGACGACUUUAUCAGUUUCUGCUUCUCGGAGAUGUCGCCGGUGUGCGCCGUGGUGGGCGGUGUGCUCGGGCAGGAAAUUGUGAAAGCUCUGUCCCAGAGAGACGCUCCGCACCGCAACUUCUUUUUCUUCGACGGCCGCAAAGGAAACGGCAUGGUGGACUAUUUGGGCCCGAACUGAGCGGGCGGAGACGGCGUUUGUUUAUUUAUGGUAUCGCCUCGCCGCUAGCACGCCUUUCUCCCGACAUUUUCUUACUUUUAUUAAUAAAUAACAAAAGAUUUGGA